UAGUUUCAAUGAACGUAGCUAAAACUGAAUCUGAUUCAUUCGCGCAACGGUGUCGUAUAACUCUUAUUAUUCUUAUUCAUUCAUUAAACUCCUGUCGUACGAGACGUCCCCCUGGACACCUACUAGCUAUACUAUUUCGAGCGUCGCACGGUCAACUCUGAGCCGUGAAGUAAAUUCGUCGUAGAAUAAACAUGGUCCGUUGCAGAAGACGCCCACGUGGCGCUCGGGUCACCGUCCAAUUAAUUCCCGUACCGUCCGGGCUUCUUCUGUUCCCGCGAUUUCCCAGCGAGAAAAUCGCGGAACAGUUUAUAAUUCAAUGACUCGGUAAUUCCCCGUUCAACAACCGAAAGCUCUUCAAACCGGCGUAACAGUUUCGUAAUUGGGUCGCAACGGGUCGAGAAAUUUUUAAUCGAGUUUCACGAUUCAGCCCCGAUUCAAUGCCUCAACUAGAUUGGAACGCGCGCGCGUAUGCGAUACGCUCGUUCACCAAGGAGAGAACAACGUUCACGAAUGUCACGGCGUUCUCCGAAGGAGGCAGCGUGGACCGAAGCGGCGUGUAUUUAGACACGGUCCACGCUAAAUUUAAAUCAGUCCGCGGCGAGGCCAGCAAACGCGACACGUUCACGACACGCUCUCAUCGAUUCCGACGAUUUCCACGGACCUUCGUCGUUCGAGAAGCUUCUCGCGCCUCGAAGUCACUUCUCGAGAUCGGCACACGGAUUAAAAAUCGUGAUAAUGUGAUAGUGCCUAAUCUUGUAUCAGUUCGUUGAGAGAAUCCGAUUACUGUACAUCAGUAAACAUGGACGUAAAAUCACUCGCUGCCAUUUUUAUUUUGAUUCUGUUGACGACUUUGUUGGAAAUCCAGGGAGCAUCACGUCCUAUAAAAAUCGGCGCAAUCUUCCAUGCAGGCGACGAGGAGCACGAGGCUGCAUUUCUAAAGGCAGUGUACGAGACGAGAUUCGAGCACGUCGCGCCCGCAUUCAGGCUCGAGCCCAUCACAAAGCGCGUGGAGGUUAAUACCGACAGCUUCAAGACUGCCACCGCCGCCUGCGAACUCUUGGAGGAGGGGGUGGCGGCAAUUUUCGGACCCUCGAGCCCGCACACUUACGGGAUCGUCGCGAGUAUCGCGGCGCGAUUUGACGUGCCGCACAUCGAUUACGUCUGGCGGCAGAAUGAGGAACUACAGGUUGAACAGGACCCAAAGAAUCCGAUGCCGAUGACCAUCAAUAUCUACCCCGACAGCGACAUGGUCGCCAAGGCAAUCGCGGACAUAGUGGAGUCCAUGAAAUGGAGCGCCUUCGCAGCGAUUUACGAAGACAAUGACGGCCUGUCGCGAAUCCAGAAAGCUUUAUCACUUAAGCGGAAUAAGGACAGCGUGAUCGCGAUAAGAAAGUUGGACAAGGGGACCGAUUACAGGCUGGUGUUGAAAGAGAUCCGGGCGUUGUCCAUCUUCAACGUGAUCGUAGACGUCGAUCCGAGUAAAAUUGUCGACGUGCUGUUCCAAGCGAAGGAAGUCAAGCUGCUGACGGAGUACUGCAAUUUUUUGAUCACUUACCUGGACCCGACAAAGUUGUCCAUCUCGGACGUGCGGAGUGAAUCGGAAUCGACGAUUAACAUCACCGGUCUCAGCUUGCGUGAGAACGACGUCGAAGGAGUGAAUUUGGUGGAGUCGGCUGUUUUGUACGACGCCGUCUUUCUGGUGUAUAACGCGCUGGAGAGCUUGAAUGCACGGAACAAAGACAGUGAGGAACCGGUAACAAUUGACCCAGUAUCGCUCUCUUGCGCGGAGGCAGAGAAAUAUACCGCAGGUCCCAACAUUACCAACCUUAUAAAAGAGCUGUCCACAGAGGGGAAGAUCACGGGGGCGAUGACGAUCAACGAAGAGGGUCGUCGAGAUUCCUUCAAUCUACGAGUAAUGGACAUGAGGGCAGAAGACAGUGUCCAGAUCGGUUAUUGGGACCCAGACGGUCUCCAUACUGGCGACACUGACCAAGAACGCGAACAGUAUUUAUACAAGUCGAUUGAACAAAAGAAAUUCAAGAUCAGUACAAAAGUAGGCGAGCCGUAUGCGAUGGUAGUGACAGACAGCGCGACCAGAGGCAUUUUAAUUGAUCAAACGCGAUACGAGGGUUUCUGCAUCGAUCUCAUCGAAGAGAUAUCCAAGAUAUUGAGGUUCAAAUACGAGUUCGAAAUCGUGCCCGACAAUAAUUACGGCAGUUAUAACUCGGAUACGAAACAGUGGAACGGUUUGAUCAGACGUCUGCUGGAUCGGGAGGCGGACCUCGCCAUUUGCGAUUUGACGAUUACUUAUGAAAGGGAAACUGCAGUCGAUUUUACCAUGCCGUUCAUGAAUUUAGGUAUCAGCAUUCUGUACCGCCAACCGGAAGCGAAGGAACCGAAUCUGUUCUCAUUCCUGUCACCGUUGUCCACCGACGUUUGGUUGUACACCGCCACUGCUGUCUUAGCAAUUACAAUUUUAUUAUCCAUCCAGGCUAGAAUGGCCCCGGGCGAGUGGGACAAUCCGCAUCCGUGCAACCCAGACCCGGAAGAAUUGGAAAACAAUUUCACCUUGAGAAACUCCUUGUGGCUAGUGACCGGCUCUCUCAUGCAACAAGGCUCAGACAUACUUCCACAGUCACCGUCGAUCCGGAUGCUGGCUGGAAUGUGGUGGUUCUUCACGCUGAUCAUGGGAUCUUCGUACACCGCGAACUUAGCCGCUUUCCUCACCGCUGAAAAGAUGGAUAAUCCCAUAAAAAAUGUCGAAGAUCUUGCGAAGCAAACGAAAAUUAAAUACGGGGCUGUAGAAGGCGGGUCGACCAGCGCGUUCUUCAGGGAUUCGAACUCCUCGACUUAUCAACGCAUGUGGGCUACGAUGACCGAAGCGAGGCCAAGCGUAUUCACCAAGACGAACGACGAAGGUGUCGAGCGAGUGCAGAAGCAGAACCGGGAUUACGUUUUUCUUAUGGAAUCCACGACCAUCGAAUACAAAAUGGAAAGAAACUGUGACCUCGACAAAGUCGGAGGUCUUAUCGAUAACAAGGGAUACGGGAUAGCUUUGCCUCGAAAUUCCCCUUAUAGGACUCCUAUAAGCAGCGCGAUUCUGAUGCUACAAGAGAAAGGGGUACUACAAGAGCUUAAACAGAAAUGGUGGGAGAAACGCGGUGGUGGUAAAUGCGCAAAGGUCGAUCAAUCGUCCGCUUCGUCUAGCGAAUUAGGUAUAGCGAACGUCGGAGGUGUCUUUUUGGUACUGGGGAUCGGGUCUGGUUGUGCGUUUGGCAUGGCUGUGCUCGAAUUUCUGUGGAACGUGCGGAAAGUCGCCGUAAAGGAAAAGAUCACACCGUGGGAGGCGUUGGUAGCAGAAUUCAAAUUCGCCGUGAACAUCUGGGCGGAGACGAAGCCCGUGAAAAUUGCGAAAAGCAGCGGCACGAGUUCGGUGGCGGACGGCGGUCUCGGCCGAGCGGCGUCGGCGGCCCGUUCAGUCGUCGGCUCUUUCCUCCGUCUCGACAUCAUCGACAAAGUCGACAAAGAUAAUGGCAACAAUCGCAGCAACAAUUUCAAAGUGAAUUGAAAUCAUCGUAACAAAUCUCGAUUAUUAUUCGACCUUUCAUGAUUAAAAACAAGAAAUAAAGGAAUUCAUUUUAUCGUAGGAGUCGCAAUCUUUCAACAAAUAAAACGAUUGAAAUAAAA